AAAUUCGUCUGUGAAGAAGCUAAGCAAUGUCUCUCGAAAGAAAGUCUUCAGCUUUAUGUCGAGGCUUUCACGAAACCUGCUCAGGGAAUGCAACUAGCUCUGGAAUGGGAAAGGAUUGAGUUGAAAGAGAUUGGCGUUGUCGAAGUGCCGAUAGUCUUUUCACCACCACUACAGACUGCUUUGUUCACGUUAUCAUGCCGCCUUGGUGAAUUGAAAGAGAUUGGCGUUGUUGAAGUGCCGAUAGUCUUUUCGCCACCGCUACAGACGGCUUUGUUCACGUUGUCAUGCCGUCUUGGUGAAGUUUGUAUUGCUCAUCUCCUGUCGAGAUCUGUUCGGAAACGACUUGCUUCUGAGAUUGCUAAUCUGCUUGCGCAGACGCUAAAUGAGGCAAUUGAACAUGCAAAUUCUGUACAAAGAACAUGGAUCCAACUUUUGUUUGAUUGUAAAGUCCUCAGUUCGAUGUAUCCGGAUGAUAGGCUGAAGAAAUUCAUUCCAAUAAUUGAGAGCCACAUUGAUCCAUUCGAUUUGAGUUUGCUAACGCCACAUCUUUCUACCAAUGUGCGACUGGCUGUCAGUCGAUCGCAGGCGAGUUGUCUUUUAAAAUAA